AAUGUUUGCUUAAUUCUUUGGGGUUACCUAUGUUGAGUCUACGGAGAGGUCAGUCAGUUGAGUGUAAAGUGUUUUGUUGGGCGGUUAUGCCUCUUUGUAGCUCUCGGGAGUGUUGUGUUUCUUGAGAGGGUGCGCGCGCGAGGUGAAAGGAUAAUAUCCAAGAUAUAUUUAAGCUGUUACAUCUUUGUUGUACGGUAGAAUUCCUUGGAGUUGGCGACGAAGUGAAUGUGUGUUUGUGUGGUGAAUUAGUGUCGGUGUUUUAGAGCCGAAGAAAUUUCAGCAAGAAAUCCUCGAUGUGGUGAAGUGUUGAAGAGUGUGAACAGAAAGGAAAGAACACAGAAAAGAACAAGCGGCGUGGUAUAAGGACGAACUUGCCGGAUUUUGAUUUUAUGGAUAUGGAAUCGAAACAUGGGAAUUGGAAAAAGUUUUGAAAACAGAAUAAAAUAUUGACACUAAGCCACCGUGAAGUCACAAAAGUAGCAAAAAGCAACGACGGCCAUUAUGCCGUCUUUCAAUACCCUUGGAGCGAUAUAUGCGCUUCUCGGGCUCCUGGGACUCAUCGACUAUGCUCGCGUUAUGGGACAACAGAAUCCACCGCAGACGUGUCCUGCAGUGCUCGAUAUUUCACCUUGUGUGUGCACCGUCAAGAAAAAUGGAUUGGAUAUCUUGUGUGAGGCCACGGAUCUACAACAUAUCAAUAAAGCCAUGGAUGUGCUGAAGGGAAAAAGUCCCAUUAUAUUUUACUUAAAGUUACGUCACAACAAUCUACCGAAACUUCAAGGAUUUCUAUUCUUAGCGCUGGAUAUACGUCACUUAACCAUACACAACAGUAGUUUAGCGGCAAUUGAGGAGACGGCACUAAGCUCGCUCGGCAAAGGUCUCACCCAGUUGGACGUGUCCCAGAACCAACUAAGCAACGUUCCAUCAAUGGCGCUGAAAAAUCUCCAUCAUUUGCUCAUCCUCAACCUAAACCACAACAAAAUCUCGCAGAUUCAUAACAAAGCAUUCGAAGGAUUAGAUACGUUGGAGAUUUUAACGCUUUACGAGAAUAAAAUUAGCACCAUCGAACCGGAGGCGUUCCGCGGUCUCGACAAAAAAUUAAAGCGAUUGAAUCUGGGAGGUAACGAGCUCACAUCGGUCCCGCAGAAGUCCCUUUCCAUUCUAGACACACUCAAGAAACUGGAGAUCCAAGAGAACAAAAUACGUUCCAUCAAGGAAGGAGAUUUUGAAGGAUUAAAAACACUCGAUUCCCUCAUCUUGGCUCACAACUACUUAACAAAGGUUCCGGCAAAUGUGUUUCGGCAUCUGACGCAAUUAAAUUCACUGGAAUUAGAAGGAAACUCUAUCACGUAUAUCGACAAGGAUGCUUUUCUCGGGCUUGAAGAAAAUUUGCAAUAUUUGCGGUUGGGAGAUAACAACAUCCAUAUGAUUCCUAGUGAUGCCUUGAGGGGACUACAUCGACUCCGUCAUUUGGAUCUGAGAGCAAAUAACAUAUCAAUGAUAAGUGAAGAUGCAUUCAGUGGAUUUGGAGAUUCAAUCACAUUUUUAAAUCUUCAAAAGAAUGACUUAAAGACGUUACCUGCAAUGGGAUUUGAAAAUCUGAAUUCUUUGGAGACGCUUAACUUGCAAAAUAAUAAAUUCACAAAAAUCGCCGAGGAAGUUAUGGAACCCAUAAUGGAUACACUACGUGUAGUUGACAUAACAGACAAUCCUUUGAUAUGUUCGUGCGACCUCGUCUGGUUCCCGAAUCUCCUGCAAGAUCUGAAGAAUCGCGACGACGAAAUGACUCAAAAGAAGCGUCCAAUGUGCACCAUGAUCAACGAACAUCGUGAGUACUUCGUGCAGAAUAUGCCGCUGGAACGUAUGAAUUGCAUUGGAAAGAAUUUAGGACGUUCAGCCUACAGUAGCGCAACUUCCCAGCACAUUCAAAAUUCCAUUCAAAUUUGUAUCGCUCCGAUUAUUUCCCAUAGCGUCUGGAAAUUAUUCCUAACAUUUGUUGUACGUGGAGCUUAAGUAUUUGUUUAUUGUAAAACGAAUAUUUGGUCAUCAUAAGUAAGACGAAAGUCAACAGAAACAAGUAAAUUUCUGAAAUCUUAUAGAGGAUCCGAGAGUGCACUUUUAACCUUUGUGUCAGUGGGUUAAAAGUCCAUAUAUCUCUGAAAAACCAUAUGAGUUAGAAGAAAUUUACUUGUUUCCAGGAGUUGGUAAGGAUUAUAGAAAAACACAUAAUUCAAUUUAUAGUAUGGUUUUAUUAGUUUUGAAUUAAGAAGAAAAUGUAAUCCAUAAUCCCUAAGAAGGUGAGCUGCAAUCAUAUCACAUCAUUUUAUAGAACAAUUACUGGAAAGUGAAUCUAACACUUGCUUAGAAUUCUAAGAUUUUUUUAAGGUACUUCACACAGAAACUAACCGAAAGUUAGAAUUUGUACACACUAAACUGUUAUGAACGAACUAGAAACAAAUCUGCGCAAAGCUUCUCAGAACUAACAGGAAAAAUGGUAUCCAAGUACUGAAUUCACAAAAAUAUAGUAUGCCCUUUUGGGCGUCCGUUUGUAGUUAGUUUUGCCUUUGAUAGCGAAGAAGAGGAAAAUACCAAAUAAAUUUUAUACAUAUCAUCUAUGUCUGUUAAAAUUGUGAUCACUUUAUAUAAAAUAUAAUGUAAAGCAUAUCUACCAGAAAUUAUACUAUGAAUUUGCUUCUCUUCGAAUGGUAAUAGUGUAUGGAAAGAUAUUUUAUAAAUUUUAGCUUAAGCUCGUAUUGGAUCCAGACUUCUUUCUGCGGCAAGCAAAGCAAGCAUGGGACAUUUCUAUCUGAAUCUUGAAAGCAUGAUCUUUAGUAAUGCACCAAAGGAGAAAGCAAAAUAUUCAAGCAGAGAAUUGCUAAGAAACCUUCAAUAUAUAUAAACAUAUCACUGAAUGUCUUCACCCAAAAAUCGUUAAAAAUUUGAAAUUUACUCCUGAACAAAAUCAUAUCAUCUUAACAUAUCAUAGAUUUAGUAGUUUAGCGACCACGAAAAACAACAAAAACCAAAUACAUAUCAAAAGUGCAUUUAGAACUCAUCAAGCAUUUUUUUCGGAAUAUUCAAGCAGCACAAAAAUUGGGUCAGGAGCUGUUUGAAUGUUCUCAAUGAAACCAACGUGAGAGCCAAUGCACACAUUUUUUAGUAGAAAGAUAUUUCGGAAACCUUCAAGUAGCUUCAUAAGAUUUUUACAUAUUACAUUCGUAGUGUCUGUAAUAUUUUCGAUGUGCUUUUCUCGUCUCGAACUUUGUUUUUUACAAGAACUUACAUUUUCCAAAUCUAUUAUUACUGAAUUGGCUAAAUUUCUCGUCAAAUACAUUUUAAGAAAGAUAUUCUCAAGUAAUGGUAUGUUAGUACUAACAACGGAUAAAUCAUAUGCAUAACUUUAAACACGGAUAACUAACGAACAUAUCGAAAUAGCUGAACAUACGAGUACACUAGCAGAAUAUAAUAGAGAAGAAUCUAAAACCAUAGCCCAUCUAUGAAUGUUUACAGUCGCCAUAGCAAAGCAGUUUAGACGAUAUUUACUAAGAAAGGAAUAUAUACAUUUAACUAUAUCUAGUUCUAAAGUUCUUUAAUGUUUAUAAAUGUACGUUAUGUCCUUUUAUCAGAAUAAAUGAUUUACUCCUCUAAAAA